GGCAGCAGGAGCAGAGAGCAGCCAUUGCUGUGUCUGGCAGCAGCAGGAUUACACCAUAGUGAAGAAGACAUUCAGUGAGCAUGAGACCCCCAGCAACCAUCCUCGUGUUGCAGGUGGACUAAGCAGGACCUAGAGCCCCAUCACAGUGCCUCCACCUCACUUACUGACUCACUGAUACAUAAGAGACACAAUGACCAGAAGAUCCUGAAACUCACCAACAAGAUCAUUCAGCUGCUGACUGGAGAGGUGACUGCUGGGAGGGGGAGUAUAUAGAGGAACACAGGGGUCUGUACAAGGACGUGAUGAUGGAGAAUUACCAGCCCCUCGCAUCACUGGAUGGGCCCAGUAACAGAGAUACCCAAGAGAGAUGUCCCCGUCCUCUGUAUUCCCAGGAUUGUACAGAGGAGAAUCACAGGACCCCACAGGAGGAUCAGUACAUGACUGAUAUGAAGGCAGAAGAUAUAGAGGGAGAAGAAGAGACGUAUGUGACUGAUAUAAAGGCAGAAGAUAUAGAGGGAGAAGAAGAGACGUAUGUGACUGAUAUAAAGGCAGAAGAUAUAGAGGGAGAAGAAGAGACGUAUGUGACUGAUAUGAAGGCAGAAGAUACAGAGGGAGAAGAAGAGACGUAUGUGACUGAUAUAAAGGCAGAAGAUACAGAGGGAGAAGAAGAGACGUAUGUGACUGAUAUAAAGGCAGAAGAUAUAGAGGGAGAAGAAGAGACGUAUGUGACUGAUAUAAAGGCAGAAGAUAUAGAGGGAGAAGAAGAGACGUAUGUGAGGGGUGAUCAGCAGUGUAAGGAGGAGGAGAUCCCUACAUAUAUCAGCACAGCAGAUGGACACACCGGCAGGAAUAUCUCAGAAGGACAUCUAAUGUUAUCCCCGGAUUGUGACAUAAAAGAUAAUGACAGCAGACAGGAUUCUCCAGGAGAUAACCCCAUUACCCCAAUUAUACAUCCAGCUCUAUCAGCUGAUCCCUCUGAUCCUGGGAAAUGUUCUCCUGAUCACUCUGAUAUUGGUGCAUCUGUUACAGCUCUGAGAGUAGAUACAGUGUUUCCGUGUAGUAUAGAUGCCAAAUGUUUUACACAGAACACAAAGCCUAUUAACCCACACACAGGUAAGGCAGGUGAGAGGCCAUUUCUAUGUUCUGAGUGUGGGAAAUGUUUUACAUACAAAUCAGCUCUUGUUACACAUCAGAGAAGGCACACAGGUGAGAAGCCAUUUCCAUGUUCUAAGUGUGGGAAAUGUUUUACAUACAAAACGACUCUUGAUGCACAUAAGAGAAGUCACACAAGUACACCACCAUUUCUUUUUCAUCCACUAGGGGUCACUGGAGUACUCUUGGGAUAUGGACGGCUUCCACCGGAAGAAGGCACUGAAUAAAUUAAUUUUUG